AUGUCGUCAGUAGGACAGUUAGUGCCACAGGUGACGAAAGGCCCACCUAACAUGACAAUCAAAUUUACUGGUCCCCACAUUGAGGGAUCAUUCUGCACAUCGAUCGACUAUAAUUAUGAUCCCAUUAUCAGUGUUAUCAGUGCAAUGUAUAUUAUUUUUGGAAUUGUAUACACUCUGUUUGGUUAUAGGUGCUUUAAAGCAAGUAUGUUUUUAACGGGUUUUACAUUUGGCUCUGCCAUUGUAUACCUCAUAUGCUUACAAGAAUAUCUUAUGCCUCCGUAUGGGAAUGUUGGUGUAGCAUUAUGCGCAGGUUUACUCUUUGGACUCAUCACAAUGCUGAUUCAAUAUGUGGGCUUAUUUAUGACUGGAUUUCACACAGGACUUCUGUUAGCCAUAGCUGGUUUGGCGAUAUAUGAUCAUUUUCUAGAUAGCCGACCUGUAUCAUACUGGUUGUGUGUGGUAGCGUUACUUGGUUCGGGAAUUUUCUUCGCUGUCAUCAACUUGUAUUGGAAGAAAGUGUUGACGAUAUUUGGCACUAGCGUCUACGGCGGAGCAGUUAUAGCGACCACUCUUGAUUACUUCUUCGAGAGGAUGAUGAUGCUAAAAUGGUUAUGGGAACGCGCUAAGUUAGAGCCAGCCGUACCGCCGCCGUGUCAUCUGUCAUGGCUGACCCUUGCCGCAUGGCCAGCCGCCGCUAUUGUUGGUCUAACAGCACAGUUUGCUCUCACAGCUACUGGGAUUUAUCACGAACAAAGUAUAAAUGCACAAAAGCGUCGUUUGAAGUCACAGCCGGCGCGGCCGGUGACGCGAGAGCAACGUGCUGAAAUGAAACAGCGCAAGUAUCGUUACCUAUACCAAGUGCGAACCGCACACGGAGACGUCAUAUCGCAAUCUUACGUGCAGGCGCUUCAAAAGAAGGCGCAGUGUGGCAACUGGAGCGGUGUCGGCAGCGGCGGCGGCGAGUGCAGCACGCUGCAGAGCGACUCCACGCACCUCACUGUGCUCGCCGGCUCUGAACACGCGCCGCCCACUGACUCCGACGACGAGCUCAACCAGAUCCGAGCCGCCCAAUAG